UGUCUUUUAUAGUUUUUAUUCUACUUUGCAAAAGUUAUUAUUGUUAUUGCGUGUUUCGGCAUUUUGAUAUUAGCCGGAUAUACCAUGGCGAACCCAAGUAAUCAUGGGGCUGUAAGACCUGCACAAAAAAAGAAUAAAAACAAAAGAAGCAACACCAAUGAUGUUGUUCACAUAACAGUUGCUGGAAGAAUAAUGCACGUUUACGCAUGAAGGGUCAAUGCUAAUAACACAAGAUACAAGAACGUCUCAUUUGGUUUGUUCUCCCAUCCGACUGGUUUUCUCAGAUUUUGCAUUGGAUAGUAUUUCACACAGUUUUCCCCCCAAGAGCCUCGCAAUAAAUAAGCGUUUAUUGAAGUGAGACGACAAGCAUAUACGGCGAGGAGCGGGAUCUUGGUUAUCAAGGAUGGGUUUGAAAUUCGAAUUUCUCAUCCUGAUUGCGUCGUCACUGACACUGUCUGUUGCAGGUCAGUGUAUCGAGGUGGGAUUUUCAGCCAGCUCAUAUACGUUUAAUGAAAAUAGUGGUACCGUCACCAUAAAUCUGAAACGUUCUUCGACUACUUUUGAAGCAUUUUCGCUCGAACUUCAAACAACGAAUAGAUCAGCAGUUCAAGGAAACGACUUCAGCUACACAAACCCCACAACUGUAUCCUUCGCUGAAUUGUUCAAUGCGGCUACCACUACUGUCUCUAUAACUAAUGACGUUAUUUAUGAAGACUCGGAAGAGUUCUACAUAAACAUCACUGGUGGAGCCGCCCCCAAGGCACUUUGUUACACCAACCAGUUCGCCGUCAUCACUAUAACGGACGACGAUCAAGCUAAAAUUGGUUUCCAUGGCGAUGCAGUGAGACACGUUAAAGAGGGUGUAGGAAGUGUUAACGUCACGAUUGAGAACACGGGAUCCACCGCACAGUCCCACACCAUGGGUGUUCAAGCGGUCAGCGGAACAGCUGUAUCCGGUGUGGAUUUUGAACCCUUACAAACCACCAUCACCAUCCCCCCCUCAGUCUCCACUUAUAACGUCACAGUCUACAUAACAGAUGACUUUGUCGUUGAGCCUAACAAGACGUUCUACUUAACCUUGAACAUCAAUGACCCGGCGGUUUCCAAGGGAACUACUAACAUCACCUUUCACAUACUUAAUGACGACACCAGAGCGGUGAUGGGUUUCCAAGGCGACGUUGUUAGGUUCUUGAACGAGAGCGUUGGGAGUAUAAACGUGACGAUCGAAAACACUGGUUCCACGAAGCUACCAAUCAAUGUGAGUGUUCAAGCAGUUAGCGGAACAGCUGUAUCCGGGGUGGACUUUGAACCCUUACAAACCACCAUCAACAUCCCCCCCUCAGUCUCCACUUAUAACGUCACAGUCUACAUAACAGAUGACUUUGUCGUUGAGCCUAACAAGACGUUCUACUUAACCUUGAACAUCACUUACCCGGCGGUUUCCAAGGGAACUACUAAAAUCACCUUUCACAUACUUAAUGACGACACCAGAGCGGUGAUAGGUUUCCAAGGCGACGUUGUUAGGUUCUUGAACGAGAGCGUUGGGAGUAUAAACGUGACGAUCGAAAACACUGGUUCCACGAAGCUACCAAUCAAUGUGAGUGUUCAAGCAGUUAGCGGAACAGCUGUAUCCGGGGUGGACUUUGAACCCUUACAAACCACCAUCAACAUCCCCCCCUCAGUCUCCACUUAUAACGUCACAGUCUACAUAACAGAUGACUUUGUCGUUGAGCCUAACAAGACGUUCUACCUAACCUUGAACAUCACUGACCCGGCGGUUUCCAAGGGAACUACUAACAUCACCUUUCACAUACUUAAUGACGACACCAGAGCGGUGAUAGGUUUCCAAGGCGACGUUGUUAGGUUCUUGAACGAGAGCGUUGGGAGUAUAAACGUGACGAUCGAAAACACUGGUUCCACGAAGCUACCAAUCAAUGUGAGUGUUCAAGCAGUUAGCGGAACAGCUGUAUCCGGGGUGGACUUUGAACCCUUACAAACCACCAUCAACAUCCCCCCCUCAGUCUCCACUUAUAACGUCACAGUCUACAUAACAGAUGACUUUGUCGUUGAGCCUAACAAGACGUUCUACCUAACCUUGAACAUCACUGACCCGGCGGUUUCCAAGGGAACUACUAACAUCACCUUUCACAUACUUAAUGACGACACCAGAGCGGUGAUAGGUUUCCAAGGCGACGUUGUUAGGUUCUUGAACGAGAGCGUUGGGAGUAUAAACGUGACGAUCGAAAACACUGGUUCCACGAAGCUACCAAUCAAUGUGAGUGUUCAAGCAGUAAGCGGAACAGCUGUAUCAGGGGUGGACUUUCAACCGCUGCAAACCACCAUCAACAUCCCUCCGUCAAUUUCCACUUUCGACGUCAUGGUGCACAUUAUAGACGACUCGCGCCUUGAGGAAAACAAGACGUUCUACCUGACUAUAAGUGUCACCGAUCCGAUUAUUUCCCUGAAAAAUGCUAACAUCACCAUCAACGUGCUUAACGACGACACACAGGCUGACGUGGGGUUUAAAGGCUCAGUGCUGAGGUCUGUGCGAGAGGAUGCCGGCCUAGUCAACAUAACGGUGGAGAAACUCACGGCUUACGAUACUCCCGUCACUGUACAAGUGAAUGCGCACAAUGGUACAGCGUACCAAGGGAUUGAUUACAUGUUCUCGAACGAAACGAUCCGCCUUGGAGAAGGAGUGCGUAACUACACUUUCAGCGUGCAGAUCUUUGACGAUGAAAUCCUAGAGAACGAUAAAGAUUUUUUCUUAGUGUUAAGCAGUAACGACCCCAUUGCUAACCUUCGACAAACUUACAUCAAUCUAACCAUAGUUAACGAUGACAAUGCAACCAUUGGGUUCACAAGUUCAUCGGUCACUGUCGCUGAAAAUGCUGGAAACCUUUCCCUCCCCCUGACAGUCCAGUCUGGAAUCCUGGGAAUCCCCAUUGAGAUAACGUUCGCCAUUACUAACAUCAGUGCAAGCUCCAGCCGUGACCAUCGCCUGCCCUAUUCAUCCGUGACUUUUACUCAAGAAGAGCCUUCCCAGCAUGCAACAGUCACCAUCAUCAAUGACGCCACCCUUGAAAACACCGAAUCGUUCAACAUAACUGCCACGACUACCUCACCCCACGUGACACUGAACUACAGUAGCGUGACAGUCACGAUAACAGACCACGGCGAUAAAGUGACCUUCGGUUUCGUCAACAAAACCGUGAGUGUGGCCGAGAGUGAGGGGAAUAUUACGCUGCUAGUGCGCAAGACCGGAAACACGUCAAUACCAUUGGACCUAGGUAUUUCAACAGUCAACCUGAAUGCGUCUGCGCCAGGUGACUUCACGCAUAAAGAAAUCGCCGACACCUUUGCUGUAAAUGAAGACUUGAAGAGCUACACAUUUGCAAUCCACGAUGAUCACGUGACCGAAGGCACUGAGUGUUUCAUAGUGAGGCUGAACGUUUCUCGAGCGAAUGUUCUGGUUGACCCGCGGGAUGCUACUGUUUGUAUCACAGACAAUGAUAGAGUGAGCAUUAGUUUUGUUUACUUGAACAUCACUGUCGAAGAGCAGAAAGGCAGAGUCACAGUUCCUAUGAGAAAGACUGGACUGGCGGAGGUCCCCGUCUCAGUGAGGCUCAAAGAGGUUCAGAGCAUGGUGUGGACAGCAAUGAUUAAGGCCGACAUCCGGGAUUUCAAAGAUGACAUUAUCACGUUCGCCCCCGAGCAAACCGAAGUGUCUGCUAACAUCACGAUCGUGACCGACAGCAUAGCGGAAAGUGACGAGCUCUUUUCGAUUAGUUUCACCCCUGUAGACCCUACAAAGGCCGUGGUAAACACAACGCGGGAUACCUGUGUCGUGCGAAUAACCGAUGAGUAUGACAACGAAGAAGCAUUAAAGGCGAAACAGCAAAAGGAGAAAGAAGAAAAGGAAACAUCCAGGAUUCUGCAGAUUAUACUGAUUGUUUGCAUAGUAGUGCUAGCUGUCAUCUUAAUCGCUAUAAUCAUCGCAGCCGUUUGUCUUUGUAGAUGAGAACGUACUAGUCGCCCAUUGUAAUCGAGUCACGUAAAGGCAUCCGACAACACAGGCCCGUAGCCAGAGGGGUUCGGAGGGUUCGGACGAAACCCCCCCCCCCCCCCCCACAAACACACACACACACACACACCCCAAAUUCGGCUUGAAGGUCCGCUAAGAGUUAACAAAAAAAUUUAACGUUUGGCCAGACAUAUCGUGCACAUCAAGCUGUCUUUAAAUAGAAUAUAAAGAUCUUUUUAAAAAUAAUUAUCUUUAUUAUUAUCAUAAAUGUGGACUUUAAAAGCACACUAGCAUACACACAUUGGCAUCCACCCUAUUAAUUCCAUUUUAAAUACAAUUGAAGUUAUUUGAAGUAUUGAUUGCCUUAUGUAGUAAGGCGAGGAGAGGCGUAUACCAGAAGUUUGGUCUGCUAAUAAAAAUGGAAAAACUAACCAUCCCGCUUAAAAUCCUAGCUACGGGCCUGCAACACGGUAUUGUAAGGGACUCUGCAUCAUAUAACAAGGGGGGGGGGGGGAGGGUGGAUGAGGGAUGAAUUGGAUGAAUGGGGAGAGGACUUAAAAUUGUCGUUGACAAAAAGGCGUCCACCAAAUAUUGUUUACAGCAACAAACCUGACACGCACUAGAGUUUAGUUUCAUCUUGUUGGUACUUACGUAUUGUUUAUACUUACCUUGUUUGAAAACAUAAUUAACUUUUUGAACUUUUCGUUUGUAACUCUUAUUUUUGAGUAUCUGGCUCUUAUAUUUAUCACAACCUUUUAUUUUAGUAGUUUAGUUUCUCUUGCGUAAGACGUUUGACAAUUUAGAAUAUGACUGUGUAAAAAGUAUAUGUGUGUGUCUUGAUUACGCAUUCACCCCCGGGACAAACCAAUCAAAACAUAUGCUUACGAGAUAGUGGUACAAGAACCCUAUGAGUGCUAGUAGUCGCACACACGCAGAUAUACUUCGACUUUAAAAGAGUUUUUGCCCGUCAUAAUUUACCGUUACUGUCGAAUCCGUUGUAUCGCGACGCCGCAUUUUCAAAACAUCGAUUUGUUUUUGUCUUUUCCUUUGGCCAUCUCUCGCCUAGUGCAGUUGCCUGGCUUUGUGUCGCGUCACUGUCUAGUUUUCGACCAGAGGAUAGCCAGGGAAGUGUACAAAGCGAGACUUUGAUUGGCUCAGAAUGAUUUUAAUGACGGAACAGAAAACCAAAACAAAUCGGGUUUUGAAAACGCGGGUCGCGAUACAACGGAUUCGACAGUAAUCCUGAUGAAGGCAGCAUUGCGAAACGUCGUAAAAAAAUACAACCGAGUGAUUCAAGAAAUAAAAUCGACUAUAAAAUAA